AUGUCCAUCUCAAAGCCUGAACUUGUUCUCAUUGGAGGUGGCUGGCACUAUCCAGAGUCAUAUGCCAGGUUCCGCACUGCGAUUGAAUCGCAACUAGGCCUGGCGGUCCACGUCCCACAACUCCCAACUAUGAACGGUUCACGACCUCCAAAUGCGGAUCUCUAUGCGGAUUCCGAUGCUAUUCGUCAACUCGUGACUGGAUUAGCCGAUGCUGGUCGCUCUCUUGUUGUCAUCAUGCAUUCAUAUGGUGGUCAAGUUGGAACCAAUGCUCUAGCAGGCCUUGGAGCUGAAGCUCGUAAACAGCAGGGCUUAUAUGGUGGUGUUAUUCAAUUGAUCUAUAUCGGUGCUCAUGCACUCCAAGAUGGCAAAUCAGCGAUGUCCAUAGCUGAGCAAGCUGGACGUGCACACAUUUUUCCCAAGGUCAUUGAUUUUGCCGAAGACGGUACCUGUGUUCAUCGAGACCCCGAGAAUGUGCUUGUUGGCCCUGGGCUUCCACAAGAAGAGCUGAAAAAGUAUGUAGAAUCUUUGGGGCGCUGGAAUGGAAAGGCUAUUGCUCAGGCGUUACAAGAUUGUGCCUGGCGCGAAAUCCCUGUAUCCUAUAUUCAUACUUUGAACGACAUCGCCCUGCCUUUACACUACCAGAGAGCCAUGGUGGAGGAUAUCAAAGCCGCAGGGUGCGAUGUCCAGACUUUUGACCUUGACUCGGGCCACUGUCCGACAGUGACGAAACCAGAAGAAGUGGUCACCCUUGUCGGGCAAAUCGUUACCAGCUCUACUGCCUAG